GAGGACGUUGCGCAGCUGCCUUGGAAAUGUUAGCCCGGCCGGAGCGGGAUUCUUGGAGCCACAAGUACCGGAGACAGCUUUCCACUGACGUCCAGCAGUACCGGCAUAUGACGGAGAUACUACACCGGUCGAGCGGAAUGGCAGUGCAUGGUUUGUCUGGAGAUGCUGUGAGUCUGAAGGGAACUCUGUCAGCGUAUGAGGAAAACUUCCCAAUAGCUCUUCCUGUACUGCUGGAUGUGGUCAGGGGUCCAGACCAUCUUCCUGCAGAUGAAAAGUCACAGGAAAUGCUGAGAGGGAAACUGUGCAUGCUGGAGGCUGACAGCUCCGAGGUCAAUACCCUAUUUAAGGAGCUGUCCGCCCAUCUCAUCUCCAUCAACAGUGAAAGAAAAGCCAUUUAUGUAAUGUUCACAACAUUUGAAGAGAUAUGGAAGUUCACCACAUAUUACAAAAUAGGUUUCCUGCGCCAUUGUAUGGAGAACCUAUUGCUGGACCAGAUGUUCUGGCUCAGUUCUUUGAAGGAUGACUUUGCUGUUGAGGUGACCAUUCAGGAGGAAACACUUAACCUUUUCUACAGAGGCAUCCUCCUGCAAGAAGGUUCAUUGUUUGCCAGUUGCAGUGCCAGCCAGAUGUUUGACAGUUCAACCUCUGGAGGAGACCUGUACUUGGAGCAGGGAGACAUAGCCCAGUUCGAGCCUCCCUUCCUAGGCUCAGGGUGGACUGUUCUCUGUCUGGCUGAUGGAGCGCGGGGCACUGCACCUAGACCUGCUCUGGAGCCAGUUAUCCCUUUCCAUCAAUGGUUUCUCAAAUCUUGUGCAGAAAGCAUUUUAGUAGGUGAUGGGAAAUCUACCUGUGACUUCCCUCUGCACUUUGCCAGAGGAACCUGUCUGGCUACAAAGGAGUAUGAUGCUGAGGGCCCAGACGAGCUGAGCGUGUCACCUGGUGAUCGCAUCACGAUUGUGGGAUUUUGGUGCCUUGUUUUGAUUGGUUCACGGGAAGAAGGAAGCAACAGGAGAAAUAGGUCUGGUCAAGACAAGCUUGGUAAAACCGUCCACUGA